AUGGCUUCUUUCGUCGAGGAGCUUUGGUCCAGCAUCUUCGUACCCGGCCCCACCCCCACGCUCCUGGUCGCCACGAACGUCACCUUUGCGGCCCUGCAGCUCGUGCUCUUCGUCCUCCUCCUCGCAACCAAGAGCAUCCAUUUCAUUGCUCUGUCCUUGUUGAGUGCCGGCCUGUGGUAUUCUAUCAACUGGUUUGCGCGGGAGGUGCGCCUGGCCCAGCUAGCCCAAGAGGCGGAGAAGAAGAAGCAAGCAGAGGCCGAAGAUGGCCCCGAUAAGGGAAAGGGCACUGGUGCGGUAGAAGGGGGUAGCGAUACCGAGACGGAAGACAUUACUGCGCUGAAGACAUCUACCUCCGCCAUCGCAACCGGCAGUGCUGCGUCGAACACCUUGCGGCCUGUUGAGCGAGACCCCAAAAAGCGACCUAGCUUUGGGGCUGAUAGUUCUGGCUAUGUGAGCACCGAUAGCGACUGGGAGAAGGUGGGCGAUACUUAG